AUGGCGUCCGUAGCAUCAGCAGCAGCCACUAAAUGCAGAACUCUUGUUUACUGCACUCAUCGUCUGCAAGGACCAUCAUUCUCAGCCUUGAGACAACAUUAUGUGGCACCAUCAUUAUUAUCACAACAAUCCAAGAGAUCCUUUCACAGCAUCCACGAGCAAGGACGACGAACCAAGUCUACUGCCACGACUACAACUACUAGUUCUGAUCAGCAAACUACCUAUGAUUCGGACUUGGUAGUCGUCUUGGAUUUGGACGAAUGUUUGGUGCAUUCCAAAUUUCUCACCCGCCAAAACAGUAGUCAGCAUUAUACCAUCCAAGUGAACAAACCUCACGAGCAAACAAUAUUGUCUUCCUUUUCGGAAGCUGGCAGUCCUUUGGUGGAUACCUUUCACAUUUCCUUGCCCGGUGGAGAUCUGGCCAGAGUUCAUCAGCGACCUCAUUUGCAAGACUUUUUGCAACAGGUCAGUUCCAAAUACGAGACCCACUUGUUUACCGCCGGCAAGAAAGUGUACGCCGAGUCUGUCUUGGAACAGUUGGAUCCAGAUGGCUCCAUUUUUACCAAUUGCCUCUUCCGAGAUGACUGCACCUUUGAUCCCACCAUGAGGGCCUACGUCAAGGAUCUGGACCUGCAUUUUGAUGACCUCCAAAAGACAGUCUUGGUGGACAAUAAUCAAUUGAGUUUUUUGAACAAUCCAGACAAUGGCAUUUUGGUCUCCAACUUUUUUGACGAUCCCAAUGAUACGACGCUCUUGGCCGUGUUGGAGCUGCUCGACGAAUUAGAACAAGAAGAGGAUGUUCGGCCAUUGCUUCGAGCCCAGUUUGGAUUAAGCGACUUUUUGAAGCGUCGGCAAUUGCACGAACGAAAGAAAUUGCAACUACAGCAACAACAACAAUCAGAUCGAAUGAUGGAAAGCGAGGGACUCAUGAUCAAUGUCUCGGUCUGA